GUUUGGUUUUUGUUUCGCAACAAUAACAACAACAAAAAAAACACAAAAAAACACUUGCUAAGGACGACGCUUUAAUAAUUUGCCGAAUACAUGCCGCGCCAGCAUGUCCAAGAAGAAGAUCGCACCGGAAAGACGUCCCUACUGCGAUACGCGGCUGCAGGAUGCCAACUAUCGUCGCAAGCGCACGUUGCAUGUGGCACACAUCUGCCAGGCCCAGACGCAGACCAAGAAAGGUGGCAAGCGGCCGCUUAACGAUUGCCCCUUCUUCAGCAUGGAGUAUAGUUUUGAUGAGCUGCCACUGGAUCCAGUGAAGGAGUUUCUGCUCGAGAAGAUCUCACACAUGCAAAACGAUACCAUUGUGGGGCGUUGCAAUCACGAGCUUGACUUUCAUCUAUACGAUAUGGUGAACGUGAAGGAUAAGUACAAGGUGUGCGACGAUGAUGACUUGCAGCAGCUCGAGCUCGAGGAUAUUGUGAUGCCAGAGAAGUUUGAAAUAUUGCGCGAUGCCAAGGAUCACGGCUACAAUUUCGACCAAAUGGCUUGUAAUCAAUUUCCCUGGAUUGACAAAUGGAUGACUGGCGUGCGUCCCAGCGAGCAGGAAAUUUAUGAAAUGACCAACAAGCUGCUUGACAUUUAUUGCAAGCGACGCGUGCGUAUCUUUUACUUUGACUGCGGCACACGCUCAUCCUUGUGGACAAAUCAACUGAGACGUCAAUACGGCGCGCCCUCGGAGCUAAUUGGUGCCUACAAUACGCCCACUGCCAGGCACUUGCGUGUGCCGGCGCUGGAACCGAAAAGCAAAGUGAAGAAGCCAACGUUUAAGGCUGGGGAUCAUUAUGCGCUGCGAACGCCACAAGAAUGCCGCAAUGAGCUGAAUCGCGUGGGUAAGAUCAUUGAUGAGCUUAUGGCACCUGUGCUAAAGGAGGCGCAACAUAAUACCGAACAUAACAAGCUGCACUAUUCCACUAAGCCGGACUGUCAGGCACAACGCAAAGCAGAACUCAAGCUGCGCAAGCCCAAAUGCAAAGUCAAUACCAAACGCAUACAUCGCAAGAAUUUUGCCAGCAAUGAAGAGUUUCUCAAGUGCCUUAAGAAAAUGGAAUCCACGCAUUUUCCCUAUAUGGCGCCUUUGCAACCUGUGGAGCCCGAGGAGCAAAAGCUGCAGCUGUUGUCGAGAUAUCAACGCAAGUUGCGCGCCGCUGAGCAGAAGUUUACUUUGGAGAUCAUGAAACGUUACAAAUGCCUGUUGAAAAGCAUGUCCGUGCUGCAGCUGGAAACGUAUCCUUCCAGGCUUAUACGGCUGGCAGUGCGACGCAUUGAUUCACACAAUCCCGUGCUGCAGGAUGCUUUCAAAUUCAUAUUGCAGGAGGAGAAACAUUGGCCCAAACUGCCGCCAGAAGUUAUAUUAAUGGAUUAUCUGUUUGUGGGCGACCGCAGCAUACGCCUAGACUUUGCUAUAUUAGUUAUAGUCUGCCUCAUAGAUCUGCAAGAAGAUUUUCGCUAUCAUGUCAAACGCGCCUUUUUGCGUUAUUUGCUGCAAUCCAAAAUGGAAUGCACACGUCUGCAGCUGGAGCCAGAGCCACCGGAUUUUCCCAUAUUGACUAUAACAUCGCCAGUGCCUUGGCGUUCACGCUUGCUGCUGGCCAAGAGUCGCAUUGGCGAAAUGCUAAUGAUAACACAUCCCACCAUACAAGCCUUGAAUCUGUUGUGGCAUCAGCUCUAUGGCGAUUUGGUUAUAGUUGAUCUGUCCAAGCUGCUGCUGAGCCAAAGACCGCUGGAUGCGGAUGUGGUGCAGAAUUUUGUCAAGGAAAGUUGUGCGCAAGUCAAAGAUCUGCUGGUGCAUGAUUGGCUGCCACGCUGUGCUGACCUAAUGGAUCUGAUGCGCAACAGCUGGAAGGAUCUGGUGCCCAUGUCUGGCAAAUACGGUGGACGUGCCAGCACCUUGUUCAAAUGCAUACACUCGCUAAUGUCCAGGCAUCUGGAUGGACUUAUACACAAGAGUUUGGCAUAUUUAUUUAAGAUACUCUGCGCCUAUAAGGGCGGCAACGAUAUUGAAUCCUAUUCCAUGCAUGAUAAGAAACUCAGACGUCGUCCCUUAGUUGCGCUAAUUGUGUCUGUGGUGGGCGCGCAUUUUGACAAUGAGCCCAUUGACUUUGGGCCAGGCAUUAGACCUGAUGAGAACGUUUAUGUAUUCGACAAUGAUGAUGCGGAUCCAUUUUAUCAAUCACCUGGCACGCAAACGACGGAAGUUCCGCCUGAUGUUGAUGAUGUGGUCUUGUUUGAAAUGGACAACAGCUACAAGUUCUACAUAUAUCCCUAUAUGUUGGAACUGCCUGCUAUAUUCAGAGACUUGUUCAAAAGCAUUCUAAUGGUGGGCUAUGAAAUACCCAGGCUGGAGUACAUAAUGUCCGGCGGCACACGCGAAACCUUUGGCUAUUUGCACUACAUAGACGAGGACCAUGAUGACUUCCUUGUGCUCUGCACCAAGGUUGAGGAAAUAGUCAAAAUCAAUUGGCGUGGUGUGCAUGUGUAUUUGAAGCCCAUUUACAAAUAUUAUUUUGGCUUGUUUCAAAAGCUUAUAAUGCCCAUGGUGGAGAAAAUCUGGACGGACAAUACAUUACCUGAAUUAGUGGUUGUUAAGGAAUUAAUGAAAAAAUUGCGCGACGUCAGCGAUACGACCUAUUAUCUGCGUGAUUUCAUACCGUUAAACUUGUUCCUGUUGGAUAAUCGUCAUGUUAAAGAAUCGUUGCGCAUGUACGUGAAGAAAAUCUACGAUUUUAUAAUUGAUUUCUAUAGGGCGCUCAAUCUGAACGAGAAUCGCGCAAUUUGCGAGGAGCUUGAGGAGAUGUCGAUGAAGGCCGGCGAACGGCCAGAGGAAACACCAGAGGUGGUCGCUUUGCAAAACUACAUCACCGAGUGCCGGGAGAUGCGCAUAUUUGCCAUAAAAGAUGAAAUCAAGAACGUGUUGAAGCGCGUCGUAUUCCUGCUGACACAUGCAUACCUGACCAGCGAUGAAAUCCAUCUGAAUACACGCACAUUUAUACUGCCCGGCGAGCUGGAGGAGGUGCUCGAUCUGAGCGCUGCACGCCUUUCUGUGGUCCGUGAUAAUCUUGAAAUGGCAUUGCGCGAGCGGCGUUUGCAGUUCGAGAAACUUUUGGCGCAGGAGAAGCGCACAAUGGAUGGUUUUCGCAUCAAGGAAAUACGCGAUGUGCUCACGCUGGAUGAUCUCAAGGAGCGCGUGGAUACCGUCGACUUGCUGUUCACUACCAUAGAGAAUCUGAGUCGUGAGGCGAAAGCAAUUAAUGUGGAGGAGACAUUGCUGCAAAUUGAUGUGUCCGCCUUUCCCUUGCUGGGCGAAAUCAUUGAGAAAAUGGAGCCAAUUGAAAAACUAUGGAAGACAUCGUAUGAAUUCGAAAAGGAUUAUCUCAUUUGGAUGUUCGAGCGCUUCGAAUGCCUUAAUGCGGAUGGCGUGCGGGAGCAGGUCGAGACUAUGCACAAGAUCAUGCACAAGUUAUCACGACAAUUGGCCUACAAUCCCAUAGCCAAGCGCGUGGCGGAGCAGAUGCGCAUCAAAAUUGAAAAGUUUCGCGUCUAUUUGCCUGUGCUCGACUCCAUUUGUCGCCAUGGGCUGGAGAAGCGCCACUGGGAUCGCAUAUCAAGCAUACUAGGACGCGAAAUUAAUCCCAAGCUAUAUCCCACGCUGAAGGAUAUGAUUGAAGCGGAUAUAAUGAGCAUACUGCCGCAGCUGGAGGAGAUUGCCAAUGCAGCUGGCAAGGAAUAUGAUCUGAACAUGGGUCUAAAGAACAUGCAGGCGGACUGGAAGGAUGUUAUGUUUGAGGUGCUGCAGUAUCGUGACUCGGACACGCAUAUUCUCGCCGCCCUGGAUGAUAUACAAACACUGCUGGACGAUCAUAUAAUGCGCACUCAGGCCAUGAAACGUUCGCCUUUUAUAGUUGCCUUGGGCUCGAAGGCAGAUGACUGGGAAACGCGUUUGCUGCUGGUGCAGAAUAUUAUCGAUGCCUGGGCCAAUGUGCAGGUUACUUGGAUGUACUUGGAGCCUAUUUUUAGCUCCGAGGAUAUUAUGCGACAAAUGCCGCUGGAGGGACGCAACUUUAAGGCGGUGGAUAAGAUCUGGCGACGCAUUAUGAAGUUUGUGCUGAAGGACAGACAUGUAAUGGCGGCCACAGAGUAUCCAGAAAUGCUGGAAGUGUUUACCAAAGCCAUCGAAGACUUGGAAACGGUGCAAAAGGGUCUGAAUACGUAUUUGGAGCAAAAGCGUUUGUUCUUUGCGCGUUUCUUUUUCUUGUCCAACGAUGAGCUGCUGGAAAUAUUGUCGGAGACCAAGGAUCCAAUGCGCGUGCAGCCGCAUUUGCGAAAAUGCUUUGAAGGCAUUGGCACACUAACCUUUGAUGAUAAUAUGGAAAUAACGCACAUGAUAAGCGAUGAGGAUGAACGCGUCAGCUUGGUCAAGAAAAUAAAUCCACAGGCAGCCAAUGGCUUGGUGGAAAUCUGGCUUAAAGAAGUAGAGAUGGUUAUGCUGGACAGUGUGAAGGAGCAAAUGCGUGAGGCCUGGGAGGACUAUUCCAUGGUGGAUCGCAUUUCCUGGGUGACUUCCUGGCCAGGUCAGGUGGUGCUUGGCAUAAGCUGCAUGGCCUGGACCUAUGAGGUGGAGGAGGCCAUUGAAAAGAAGACAUUGCUGCCCUAUUUGGAAAAGUGUAAUGUACAAAUUGGCGAACUGGUGCAGCUUGUGCGUACGGAUUUGCAAACAGGCGUGCGCAUUGCCGUUGAGGCGCUGAUUGUGCUCGAUGUGCAUGAUCGCGAUGUGGUUAAAUACUUGGCGGACAUGCGUGUUACCAACAUACAAGACUUUGAUUGGAUGUCGCAGCUGCGUUACUACUGGAAAGUCAACGACAAGAAUGAGGAUUGGGUUUGCGUCAGCAUGGUUGUGACUGAUGUGCAGUAUGGCAUGGAAUACUUGGGCAAUUUACCUCGUCUUGUGGUCACGCCGCUUACUGAUCGUUGCUAUCGCACUUUGAUGGGCGCAUUGAAAUUGUGUCUGGGCGGCGCUCCCGAGGGACCUGCGGGCACAGGCAAAACUGAAACCUGCAAGGAUCUGGCCAAGGCGGUGGCCAAAAAGUGUGUUGUCUUCAAUUGCUCCGAUGGCCUGGACUACAAAGCGCUGGGCAAGUUCUUCAAGGGAUUGGCACAGUCGGGCGCCUGGGCCUGCUUCGACGAGUUCAAUCGCAUAGAGCUGGAGGUGCUGUCUGUGGUGGCGCAACAGAUUCUGACCAUACAGCGUGCCAUUGGACGCAAGGUUGUGAAAUUCUUUUUCGAGGAUACAAUGCUCAAACUGGAUCCAACUUGUAGCAUAUUCAUAACCAUGAAUCCUGGCUAUGCUGGGCGCACAGAGCUGCCGGAUAAUCUUAAAGUGCUGUUCCGUACGGUGGCUAUGAUGGUGCCGGACUAUGCCAUGAUUGGCGAGAUCACGCUCUACUCCAAUGGUUUUGAUCAGGCGCGUCCGCUGUCACAGAAAAUUGUGCAGGCUUACAAGCUAUGCUCGGAGCAGUUGUCCUCGCAGUCGCAUUACGAUUACGGUAUGCGUGCUGUGAAAUCUGUGCUGCUGGCCUCCGCAUCGCUGCGACGCCUUUACCCUGACCUGCCCGAACCGCAAAUUGUCUUGCGCGCCAUUGUUGAUGUCAAUUUACCGAAAUUCCUCGAGCAGGAUAUUUCACUAUUCAUUGGCAUCUAUAUGGAUCUGUUCCCGGGCGUUGAUCUGCCCAUGCCUCAACGUGAUGAUAUUUUAAAAUGGCUGCGCAUUAAUCUGGAGGAGCGCAACCUGCAGGCCACGCCUUGGUACUUGGAGAAAAUUCUACAGAUAUAUGAAAUGAUGCUGGUGCGGCACGGCCUUAUGAUAGUCGGCGGCUCCAUGGGCGGCAAAACCACAGCCUAUCAGGUGCUGGCGCAGACGCUGCGCAAUGUCUCGCUGGAUGAGGAGUCGACACUCAAGGAAUUCCCAGUGGUGUUUCGCAUUAUAAAUCCCAAGGCCAUUACCAUGGGCCAGCUAUACGGACGCUUUGAUCCGGUGUCACAUGAGUGGUCCGAUGGCGUGCUGGCCAAAACGUUUCGCGAACAGGUGGGCGGACCCAAGAACGAGCGCGCCUGGGUUAUGUUCGAUGGUCCGGUGGACGCAGUUUGGAUUGAGAACUUGAACACAGUGCUGGACGACAACAAGAAGCUGUGUCUGAUGUCUGGCGAAAUUAUGCAGAUGACCAAAAUGAUGAACAUGAUGUUCGAGCCGGCCGACUUGGAGCAGGCCUCGCCAGCGACAGUCUCGCGUUGCGGCAUGAUCUACAUGGAGCCCUCGCAGCUGGGCUGGCGCGCCUUUCACAAGAGUUUUGUCAAUAUACUGGUAAACAAUGUGGGACUCAACGAUAUAUACAUGACACUGUUCGAGGACAUGGUGGAGUGGCUGAUACCAGCAGCGCUGGAAUUCCUGCCGCAGUGCAAGCAGAUGCUGGAGCUCUCGCCGCUGUAUCAGUACCAAACAUUUUCGCGUUUCUUUUUGCAUUUUCUGGAGAAGCACAAGGUAUUCAAUCAGGCGUGGUUUCAGCAAAUGUUUCUCUUCUGCUAUGCCUGGGCUUAUUGCUCGGCGCUGGCAGCUUCCGGCCAGCGCACCUUUGAUACGCUGCUGCGCAAGGUUAUCUAUGGCUCCAAUGAGGCUUAUCCCAAGCCCAAGUACUUCUCACUCAAUCGCGGGCAGAUGUUCCCAGAGAAGCUCGUGUUUCUCGACUAUCGCUUCGAUGAGGCAGAGAACUGGUGGACCUGGCAAAAGUCUGAUGACUCCGGCGCAGCUACCAAUCUGCCCGAGAGCGCACAGAUUAGUGAGCUCAUAGUGCCCACCAAGGAGACGGGCUACAUUAGCUACUGGCAGGAGUUCUGCAUAGCCAAGAAUUUCGGCAUGUUGGUGGUGGGACCCACGGGUACGGGCAAGAGCGCAAUCAUUAGCAGCAAUUUGCUGGCCAUGCCCAAGUUUGCCAAUCUCAUUAACAUUAUCAACUUUUCGGCGCGCACCUCGGCGCAAAUGGUGCAGGAUACCAUCAUGAGCAAGCUGGAUCGUCGGCGCAAAGGUGUCUAUGGCCCAGCGCUGGGCAAGAAGUGCAUUGUUUUUUGUGAUGAUGUGGCCAUGCCCUCGAAGGAUACGUAUGGCUCGCAGGCACCGCUGGAGUUGCUCCGCACCUGGCUGGAUCAUGGCUACUGGUCGGAUCUGGUGGAUACCACAAAAAUCGAGCUGGUUGAUAUGACUUUGAUGUGCGCCAUGGGCACACUGGGCGGCAGCAAUUUUAUCUUUCCGCGUCUCUAUCGCCACAUGUUCGUUGUGGCUGUGGACUCCUUUGAGGACUCCACCAUCAUACGUAUAUUCACGACAAUUGGUGAUUGGCACUUUGCCAAGGGCUAUCCCGAGAAGGUGGCGCUGCUGGCGCGCGGCUUAUCGGAGGCAAUGGUCAGCGUCUACCGCGAGGCCAUACGCAUCUUUCUGCCCACGCCAGCCAAGUCGCAUUACAGUUUCUCGCUGCGGGAUAUUACACGUGUCUUUCAGGGCAUUGUGCUGGUGCCGCCCAAGCGUAUGCCCGACCAGGAGAAGCUGGGACGCCUCUGGGCGCAUGAGACAUAUCGCGUUUUUUAUGACCGCCUUGUGGACCAGGCAGAUCGUGACCGUCUGCUUAUCAUCGCAGUGGACGCAUGCAAAAACUAUUUACGCUUCUCGCUGGAGGCGGCAUUUGCGGAUCGCAUGGAGCCUGGCGAAAAGCUGAGCGAUAAUGAUUUGCGCAAUCUGUUCUACGGCAACUACAUGGAGCCGGAUGCAGAGCCCAAGUACUAUGAUGAGUGCGAUAGCUAUGAGAAGCUGGAGAAGCUCAUGAAGUACUAUCUGCGUGAAUACAAUUCCUUCUCCAGCUCGCCCAUGGACUUGGUCAUGUUCCGCUUUGCCAUAGAGCACGUCAGCAGAGUUUCGCGCGUACUGCAAAUGCCUCGAGGCAAUGUUUUGAUGGUGGGCAUGGGCGGCUCAGGACGUCGCAGCUCCUGCCGCCUGGCUGCGUUUAUAGCCGACUGUCGUCUGAUGACCGUGCAGGUCUCCAAGUCGUAUACGCUGACGGACUGGCGUGAUGAUCUAAAGAAGAUUUUAAUGUCGGCCAGCUUUAAUAUUAAUCACACCGUAUUUCUAUUCUCGGAUGCGCAGGCUACAGACGAGGGCUAUGUGGAGGAUAUCAAUGGAAUACUUAAUACCGGUGAUUUGCCAAAUCUGUAUCAACUGGAGGACAAGGCAACCAUAAUGGAGAAUAUGGCAAAUGUGGCCAAGCAAUUGGGAAAGGUAUUAGACUCAUUGCCCAGCGAGGUCUACGCUUACUUUAUUGAACGCAUUAGAGAGCAGCUGCAUAUAGCUUUGGCCUUCUCGCCCAUUGGCGAGUCCUUUAAGGAACGCAUACGUGUCUACCCAUCGCUCAUCAACUGCUGCACCAUUGACUGGUACAUGCCCUGGCCGGAGGAGGCUUUGUCGCGCGUGGGCAUCUACUUUGUUACCUCCAUGCAUCUGAAUAAGCCGCAUGAUGAGGAGCAGGCAGAGGCAGCCGAAGCUCCGCGCGCUUCUGAGGAGCCCAAGGAGGAGGAAAAGCGUGGCACGCGCAACGAAGGGGAUCGUGAGUUGACGCAGCUUGAAGAGGAUCUGGUGGCCUGUGUCAUGUACUUCCAUCAGAGCGUCGUCGAUGCUAGCGAAAAGUGCUAUCGCGAGCUGAGCAGACGCAACUAUGUCACGCCCUCCGCAUAUCUGGAGCUGCUGAAAGCCUUCCGCACUUUCUACGCCCGCAAGCUGGACGAGAUUACGCGACUGCGCGACAGAUACACCACAGGCUUGGAGAAGCUCGACUUUGCAGCCAGUCAGGUGGGCGAAAUGCAAACCAAUCUGUACGACUUGCAGCCCAAGCUGAAAGUGUUGAGCGAGGAAACGGAUCGCAUAAUGGUGAACAUUGAACGCGAGACGGCAGAGGCAGAGAAGAAAAAGGAAGUUGUGGGCGCGGAUGAGGCAGCGGCCAAUGAGGCAGCUGCAGCGGCACAGGCAAUCAAAGAUGACUGCGAAACAGACUUGGCAGAAGCUAUACCAGCCAUGGAGGCAGCUUUGGAGGCGCUGAACACGCUCAAGCCUGCAGACAUUGUUGUGGUCAAGUCCAUGAAGAGUCCGCCCUACGGCGUUAAGCUGACGCUCGAAGCAGUGUGUGUGCUCAAGGGUUUGAAGCCUGAUCGCAAGCCCGAUGCUAGUGGCCAUAUGGUGGAGGACUAUUGGGGUCCUUCCACGCGCAUGCUGAGCGACAUGAAGUUCCUGGAGUCGCUGAAGACCUUCGACAAGGACAACAUACCGCCAGCCAUAAUCAAAAAAGUGCGCGAAAAAUAUAUAGCUGAUCGUGACUUUGUGCCUGAGAAGAUCAAAGCUGCUUCGAUGGCCUGCGAGGGCAUUUGCCGCUGGGUGCGCGCCAUGGAUGUUUAUGACAAAGUCGCGCGCAUUGUUAUGCCCAAAAAGGCUGCGCUGGCCGAAGCUGAGGGUGAGCUGCUGCAGCAAAUGGAGAAGCUAAAUGCCAAGCGAGCCGAGCUGCAAGUUAUCCUGGACAAGCUGCAAAAGCUAAAUGACUUCUUUGCUGAGAAAUCUCGCGAGAAGAAGCGGCUUGAGGAUGAAAUUGACAAUUGCGAAAAGAAACUAAACAGAGCUGAAAAGCUGCUAGGUGGCCUGGGUGGCGAGAAGACGCGUUGGGGUGAGGCAGCCAAGAAUCUGCACGAAUCCAUCAGCAAUAUUGUGGGCGAUGUGCUGCUCGCUGGCGGCUGCACCGCUUACCUGGGAUUCUUCACCACUGAGUAUCGCGUUAAUAUUGUGAACGAUUGGAAUGAGCUCUGCCUGCGUCGGCACAUACCAUGCAGCGAGACCUUCUCGCUGGCCACCACAUUGGGUCAUCCCAUGACCAUACGCGCCUGGUCGCUGGCUGGACUGCCGGCUGAUAACUUCUCUGUGGAGAAUGGCAUUAUAGUCACCAACUCGAGUCGCUAUUCACUGCUCAUUGAUCCACAAGUGCAAGCUAACAAGUGGAUUAAGAACAUGGAGAAGAACAAUAAUCUCAAGGUGGUCAAGCAGAGCGACUCCAAUUACAUGCAAGUGCUGGAGCUGGCUAUAACCUAUGGACAACCUGUGCUCAUUGAGAAUGUGGGUGAGAAGCUGGACGCGAAUCUGACGCCCAUUUUGGAGAAGAACAUUAUUAAGAGCAAGGGAGGGCUGUUCAUCAAAAGUGGCGACCAAAUGAUUGAAUACAAUCCAGAGUUUCGUCUUUAUAUAACGACCUGUCUGCGCAAUCCGCAUUAUCCACCGGAAGUGAUGGUUAUGGUAACAGUAUUAAAUUUCAUGAUAACGGAACAAGGAUUACGCGAACAAUUGCUGGCGAUUGUUGUGGCACACGAACGUCCCGAUUUGCAAGAGAAGAAGGAACAAUUGAUUAUUGAAUCCGCAAGGAAUCGUGAUGCAUUGUACACCAUUGAAUCCAAGAUAUUAGAGGUGCUGUCCACUUCGGAGGGCAAUGUGCUGGAAGAUGAGAACGCCAUCAACAUACUGUCCUCAAGUAAAGUCCUGUCCGAGGACAUACAGGAGAAGCAGAUUGUCGCCGUGGCAACUGAAAUUGAAAUCGACUCCGCUCGUCAGCAAUAUAUACCUGUGUCCAAGCACUCGGCCAUUCUAUUCUUCUGCAUCAGCGAGCUGGCCAAUGUGGAUCCCAUGUAUCAAUACUCAUUGGCCUGGUUUCUCAAUCUCUUCGUCAACACCAUACUGAAGGCGCCAAAGUCAACAGUGCUGGCCGAACGUCUGAAUAAUCUUAACGAUUACUUCACCAAGUCCGUUUAUACGAAUGUCUGUCGCUCGCUGUUUGAGAAGGACAAGCUGGUCAUAUCGUUGGUCAUGUGCCUGGGCAUACUUGUGGCGCAGGGACGCGUCGAUAGAGACGAUCUGCUGUUCUUUCUAACCGGCGGCAUUGGCUUCAAGGGCCUGAUACCCAAUCCCUUGACUGAAUGGCUGCCCGACAAGGCCUGGGCUGCCAUCUAUCGCGCUAGCGAUCUAGACGGCAUUAAAAACUUGCAUGUCAAAAUGCAAAAUAAUAUACAAGAGUGGCACGACUAUUAUGAUGCUGUCAAUCCGCAGGAGCUAGAGCUACCCGAGCCCUACAAUAAAGUCAACGAAAUGCUAUACCUGAUUGUACUAAAGAGCCUGCGUCCGGAUAAGCUGGUGCCUGCUGUGCGCGCUUUCAUAACGCGCAACCUGGACAAGUCUUUUGUGGAGCCGCCGCCAUUCGAUUUGGGCGCCUCGUUUGCGGACAGCUCGCCGAGAAUACCGCUGGUGUUUUUACUAUCCGCUGGCUCGGAUCCCAUGGCCAGCCUCUUCAUGUUCGCCAAACAACGCAACAUGUACGACAAAUUGAAAACCAUUUCGCUGGGUCAGGGCCAGGGACCGCGAGCAGAGAAAAUGAUCACAGAAGCUGCACGCCAUGGCCAGUGGGUGGUGCUGCAAAAUUGUCACGUCGCCUUUAGCUGGAUGGGCGACUUGGAGCGCAUUUGCAAUGACACAACGCUGACGGAUGGCGCCCAUGCUGACUAUCGCUUGUGGUGCACUUCAUAUCCAAGCGCGGUCUUUCCCGUGUCUGUGCUGCAAAACUCGGUGAAGAUGACCAAUGAGCCGCCCAAGGGCUUGCGCGCCAAUAUGCAUCGCUCGUUCACCUCGGAUCCGCUAAUGCGUGACAAGUUCUUUACCAAUGCGUUCCUCUUCUCCGACAUGGCCAACAAGUGCUGGCUGCGUGGCGUCUUUGCCCUGGUCUUCUUUCAUGCUGUGGUGCAAGAGCGGCGUGAGUUCGGUCCGCUAGGCUGGAAUAUACCCUACGAGUUUAACGAAUCGGAUCUCAAAAUUUCCUUGCUGCAGCUGAAAAUGUUUAUUACACAAAGCCAUAGCAUUCCCUUCCGUGGUCAUGUAUAUUUGACAGGCGAAUGUAAUUACGGCGGUCGUGUUACCGACGAUAAGGAUCGUCGUCUUAUCUUGUCGCUACUGAAUAUGAUUUACAAUCAGAACACCAUUGAGCAGGAUGGCUAUGCUUUGUCGCAGUCCGGCAAAUAUUGUGUGCCAAUCAGUCCUACGAAACUGAACUCCAUAGAGUACAUAGCCACUUUUCCACUUAGCCCAGAGCCGGACGUGUACGGACUGCAUGAGAAUGCAGACAUUAAUCGCAAUGUGAAGGAAACCAAUGCGCUCAUUGGCGGCGUGCUAUUGACUCAAACUGAUCUCAUGGCCUCAGUCAAGGCCAGCUCAGCUGCAGGCGCCAAAGAAGAUCCUGCCAUAGCCAUUUGCAAGGAGCUGUUGGCACGUCUGCCCGACGAAUAUGACUUGGAUGAAGUGUCCAAGACCUAUCCUGUGAUCUAUACAAACUCUAUGAAUACAGUGCUGCGUCAGGAGCUUAUACGCUUUAAUCGUCUGCUCUCGCACAUACGCAAGAGUCUAAUUAACGUGCGCAAGGCUGUGAUGGGACAGAUAGCAAUGAUACCGGAAUUGGAGCGCGCACACGCAUCUAUGAUAAUAGGCCGAGUGCCGGCGGAUUGGCUUAAAAAGAGCUAUCCCUCGUUGAAGCCCUUGGGCAGCUACGUGAGCGAUUUUCUUGCACGCCUGGAAUUCUUUAAUUCGUGGAUAGAAAACGGUGAACCGAAUGUUUAUUGGAUCUCUGGCUUUUACUUUACGCAAUCCUUUAUCACUGGCGUGCUGCAGAACUAUUCCCGCAAGAAUCGUUUUCAAAUCGAUAUGAUCUUCAUAGAGUUUGCAGUAACCAAAUUUGAGGUGCAAGCCACAGUAGUUGCCGAAGUGGGUGCUUAUAUCAGGGGCAUAUUCAUAGAGGGCGCACGCUGGAACCGCAAAACAAAAGAGGUUGAUGAAUCCUUCUCCAAGAUACUGUUCGACACACUGCCCGUAAUCUAUCUGCGACCUGUGCUAAGGCUGCCAGAGGAAAUACCACGUAGCAGCGGUGGGGCUGAGCCGAGCCAGAUUUAUGACUGUCCCGUGUAUAAGACCAGCGAGCGUCGCGGUAUUCUCUCCACCACUGGCCACUCGACGAAUUUUGUAAUGUACCUGCAGUUGAAAUGCUCACAGACGCCGAUGCAUUGGAUUAAUCGCGGUACGGCCUGCCUCUGCCAGCUGGAUGAUUGAAGGCUGACCUGCAGGCGUUUGCGUCAACGUCCUGCGACCGGAUGUGCCCCACUAUGGCGCGUUUUUAAUACGUUUUAUAUAAGAGCAAGAGCAUGAUUGGCCCAACACUGGAACUGAAACUGAAACUUAAACUGAGCAAAGGAACUGGGAACAGGCAACGGGAAACGGAGCUGGCUGGGAUCGUUUACUAUUCUCAUGCAUAAAGCAGGCCGUGUCUGUAUAUUGAUUCUAGCAUUAUUUUGUUCUUCUACGGUUUAUGUGUAUGUGCUUGUGUGUGUGUUCUUUGUUUGUGUCUGUUUUAUUUUUUGAGCUUGGUGUUUCAUAUGCACGCGCUCAGGAAACGCCGUAAGCGAACUGCGUUUCUAUUUACUUUUAUUUCCGUGUUUGAGCGCUGGGCACUGGGCAAUGAUGAUGUCGAUGAUUGUGAGAUAUAAAUUAAAUAUGCAGAGUGCUGAAUAUACAUAUAUUUUUGAUGUGCGCCAUUUACAAAAUAAAUAAAUG